CUAAAUCGAGCGCACCUAUUUCUAGCAGGCUGUUACAACAGUAAAACAAAAAACCCUUAGCUUAAUUUGUGAAUAAGGGGGAAAAAAUCCUAUUGUUUUAAUUCUCAGUGUUUGAGGGUUUGUUUGCAUUGGUUCAGAGUUGACUUUAAAUAGUUAAAAAUGCACAUUCGAGGUGUGCGCACGUAUGUGACGUAUAGUGUUUUUGUCUAAAGCUACACUGACUGCGGAUAGCUGGCUAGUUAGAUACAGUUGUUGCGGCAUCCUUGAAAUUAAUAUUUUGUUUCCGCUAGCUUAAGUUAGUAAUUAGAAAAACCAAUGAGCAAUAGCCCACACUAUUGCAGGAAAUCACACGCUACCAUGGAUCACAUUUGGCAUCCUCCAAUGUGACUAGGACGUCUGGACUAGUCUUGUGCCAUUGGAGUUAGUUAGCAAACAAGCUAGCUAGCUGGUUUGCUUGCUAAUGCCGUCUAGCUAGGUGAUAUUGCAGCACGUUGAGAUUCUUGAAACUUGAGGAACUCUUUGUCAAGUACAGUACAAUGGCUCCCAAAGACAUCAUGACCAACUCCCAUGCCAAAUCCAUCCUCAAUGCCAUGAACACACUUCGUAAGAGCAACACACUCUGUGACAUCACUUUGAGAGUGGAGAAUACUGACUUUCCUGUACACCGCAUUGUCCUGGCAGCCUGCAGUGACUACUUCUGCGCCAUGUUCACCAGCGAGCUCUCUAAGAAUCCCCAGUUGUCAGAGAAAGGGAAAUCCUUUGUAGACAUCCAGGGGUUGACUGCGUCCACCAUGGAGAUCCUGUUGGACUUUGUUUACACAGAGACUGUUUUGGUCACAGUGGAGAAUGUCCAGGAACUGCUUCCUGCUGCCUGUCUGCUGCAGCUCAAAGGAGUAAAAAGAGCUUGUUGUGACUUUCUGGAUAGUCAGCUUGAUCCCACAAACUGCCUGGGCAUUCGUGACUUUGCGGAGACCCACAAUUGCCUUGACCUGAUGCAGGCCGCUGAACUCUUCUCCCAGAAGCACUUCCCUGAGGUGGUUCAACAUGAGGAGUUUAUGCUGCUCAGCCAGAACGAGGUUGAAAAACUAGUUAAAUGUGAUGAAAUCCAGGUGGACUCAGAGGAGCCUGUAUUCGAGGCAGUGUUGAAUUGGGUUAAACACAAUAAGAAAGAGAGGGAGAUUUAUUUAUCGGAGAUGCUGGAGCAUGUGCGGAUGCCUUUGCUCACUCCGCGCUAUAUCACAGACGUCAUCGACUCAGAGGUGAGGCAGCUAGACCACACACGGUCACAUGAUCCCCUCAUUCGAUGCAGUCUUCCCUGUCGAGACCUUGUGGAUGAGGCCAAGAAAUUCCACCUUAGACCAGAGCUGAGGAGUGAGAUGCAGGGGCCACGCACCCAAGCCAGAUUAGGUGCCAAGGAGGUCCUGUUGGUUAUUGGAGGAUUCGGCAGUCAACAAUCCCCUAUAGAUAUCGUUGAGAAGUAUGAUCCUAAAACUCAGGAGUGGAGCUUUUUACCUAACAUUGCUCGGAAAAGGCGUUAUGUAGCUACCGUGUCCCUCAAUGACCGCGUGUAUGUGAUUGGCGGCUACGAUGGUCGAUCGCGGCUUAGCUCGGUGGAGUGCUUGGACUACACAGCAGACGAGGAUGGUGUCUGGUACACCGUCGCCACUAUGAAUGUACGCCGUGGCCUUGCCGGGGCGACAACACUCGGAGAUAUGAUCUAUGUUGCUGGAGGCUUUGACGGUAGCCGCCGUCACACCAGCAUGGAACGAUAUGACCCGAAUAUUGACCAGUGGAGCAUGCUUGGGGACAUGCAGACAGCCAGGGAAGGGGCUGGCCUGGUGGUUGCUAGUGGACUUAUAUACUGUCUUGGUGGGUACGACGGAUUGAAUAUCCUCAAUUCAGUGGAGCGGUAUGACCCUCACACAGGUCAUUGGACGAAUGUUACCCCCAUGGCCACCAAACGCUCAGGGGCCGGUGUAGCCUUGCUCAAUGACCACAUCUAUGUGGUGGGAGGCUUCGAUGGAACAGCGCACCUCGACUCGGUGGAGGUUUACAACAUUAGGACUGACUAUUGGACCACGGUAGCCAGUAUGACCACUCCCCGCUGCUACGUAGGAGCUACCGUCCUCCGGGGACGACUCUACGCCAUAGCUGGGUAUGAUGGAAACUCCCUUCUGAGCAGUAUCGAGUGUUAUGACCCUGUUAUUGACAGCUGGGAGGUGGUCACCUCCAUGGCCACACAGCGCUGUGAUGCAGGAGUGUGUGUCCUUCGAGAGAAGUGAGAUUUACCUCAGAACAACCUCAAAGGUCGGGUGAAGCGGAGGAGGGCAGUCAUCUAGUCCUGAACCUGAAUCUGAUAUUUACGUGCCACUACUAUGGCGCGACAGAGGGAUUAUUCACUUGGAGGCCAGUGUGCUAUAUGUUCUCCCGGAAGUCUCUUGAUUCUAUUCAUCAGACUUUCUCAUCUGAGUUUAGUUACUUCUGUGUGAUAAGGGACAGGGGGUGUACAACAGUGAUUAGGAGUUGUUUCAGUCUCUUCAUCAACAGUUGUUGCUUCCAAGAAGACAUCCAUCCCAACCCACUCGGUCGCAUGACACACUUUUAGUGGUAGCUGUUGCUGUGGUAACCUGUGAGAUUUUUGACUCAUCUUUUAAAGUGCAAUAUAUUUCUCUACUUCUGUUAUGAACCGUUGGAGUAGAAGAAACAAGAGACUCCAGUUUUCUGCUGCUAUAUGCCUUAUGCCCUUGUGGCCCACAUUGAACUGAACAUCCAUGAUGCCUCAUUAGGACUGUGAUUGUUGUCAUGCCAUCAAGUAUGAUGAUUAUUUAGCAUUUGCCAGGUUUUCAGUCAGACAGUAAACCCUUUGUAGAUUUUGUAAUUCUGUAUAAAGCGCUUUUAGAAACAAAUCACUUAUUGAAGAAUUGUCAUAUUUACCUGACAGUCAUUAUUUUCAAUGUAUCAAAGAUAUUCAAAUGAAUUACAUUUUAGGGAAAGCACCAUAAUUGUAUUGUGGACUGCAGAUGAUUCCUUGCUCUUUUGCUGUUUCUGUCAUCUUGUCAAAAUCUCUGUCCCUUGCAAUUGACUCCUCUGAAGAUGUGUGUAUGGUGCAUGCAUUUGUCCAUAGUGGAUUUGUUUGGACAAGCAAAAUGACUUGAUUUCUAUUAUCCAGGGCAAGUACAAAAUCCUGAGGAGUCUUUUGUUACUUGAAAAAAGUGAAUAAACAUUGUGAUAAUGUA